UAGCAUAUGUUGGCUUGUGCGUAAGAUCUAAACGUCAAAAUUUUGUAAAUACCAGUUUGCGCAGAUUUACGAAAAUCAAUAUUGUUUAAAUGGGCUCAGCCCAACAUCAAAAUCUUUGAAUUAAAUGUUCACUAAACGCUAAACUAAAUCAUGACACUCGAUUCCAAUUGUCGACAAGUCGUCUAUGAAGUAUGUAUCCUUUUAAUAUUUAUGGCAUGUCUCCGUUUCAUGUACGUUAUAUUCAAAAUCACUACCGGCCACAACAGAAAAAGUAGCGUACGAAGAACCACACCAUCCAGUGUACUGAUAUGUCUCGGUUCAGGAGGGCACACAACCGAAAUGCUCAAGCUUAUUCAACCUUUAAACUUUACAAGAUACAACCCAAGAUAUUACGUCAUUGCCAAUGAUGAUAUGAAUAGUUUAGCACAACUGAGGCAAUUGGAAACUUAUAAACGUUGUGAACUGCAGCAUGCUUAUGAUGAUGUACCUGAAAUUACACAUCAAAUCUUACCAAUUCCAAGAUGUCGUAAAGUCAACCAGUCCUUUUUUACAUCUAUUUUUACAACCUUGCAUGCCACACUUUAUUGCUUCUAUGUCAUAGUAUAUACACUUCCUGAUUUAAUUUUGUGUAAUGGUCCUGGUACUUGUAUACCUGUAUGCUUUGUGGCAUUUUUCUUGAAACUUACAGGUGUGAAAGACAUAAGGAUUGUGUUUGUGGAAAGCUUUUGCAGAACUAGAACUUUCUCUUUGAGUGGCAAGAUUAUGACAUAUUUCGCUGACAAUUUCAUAGUCCAGUGGCCUACACUCAAGAAAAAAUUAAAGAGAUCAGAAUAUAUUGGCCAAUUGUUGUGAAUUUCAAUUGUAAUAAAUGUGAUUUGUGUUGUUUUGUAAUAAAUACAUUUAAUAAAAAUAAAAUAA